GGGUUAUAUGUGCGCUUUGUCUAAGUGAAGAACGAAGGGGCGAGAGUUGGCUGACAAAAGCAACACAAACUGAACAAAACUGCGGACGACUGCCCUUCCUACCACUCCUUCUGAGACCAGAGGUGCUAAGAGAACAGACACAGAAAACACAAAGAAGAGGUUGUCAGAUAUGAGUCUGGGGCCGGCAUGCAUUUUCCUAAGAGGAGCUAAAAACUUUGAGCGGCCGCUGGCUGAUGAGGAGAUAGAGGAGCUGCGGGAGGCGUUUUCUGAGUUUGAUAAGGAUAAGGAUGGUCUGAUCAGCUGUAAAGAUCUAGGCAACCUGAUGCGGACAAUGGGUUACAUGCCCACUGAGAUGGAAUUGCUUGAACUUAGCCAAAACAUCAACAUGAACCUUGGAGGACGAGUAGAUUUUCAGGAUUUUGUUGACCUCAUGGGUCCAAAGCUGUUGGCAGAAACUGCUGGAAUGAUUGGACUCAAGGAGCUGAAGGAAGCAUUUAGAGAGUUUGAUAUGGAUGGAGACGGCUCUAUCACCAAAGAAGAACUGAGACAUGCAAUGCAAAAGUUGUUGGGUGAAAGUACAAACAAGAAGGAAAUAGAAGCCGUUGUCCGAGAGGCCGACAACAAUGGAGACGGAACUGUUGAUUUUGAAGAGUUUGUCAAAAUGAUGUCUAAAAAUUGAGAGCACACCUCAGAAGUUAAGGUGUACAGCAAAGAAGAAAACAUUGCCAGCAUCAGGCUAUCAAUACACUCUAAAACUACAGAUGUAUAUGGAAACAGUAUUUUAUACCACUUUGUGUAUUAUUGCUUUUCUUGAGUGCCACUUUGUUUUGAUUUGUUGUUACAUGACCUCAAGUCCUGACUCCUCCUGUAAACUAUGAUGAUGUCAUAUCAGUAUUAUGUAACAAUAUUUUAUACAAUGGUCUAUUCGAAUACUCCAUUCUGAUUGGCUGGAAUGCAUGCAUUAAAACCAUUUAAUGCACAGUUAGUUUCAGUCAGUUUUAAUCACCGUUCUAUGUCUGACAUCUAGUGGACAUGCACACUUGCA